UGUCCAUUGAAAGCUUGUUCUUCUUCUUCUGUUGUGUUUGAUUGAUAGAAGAGAUGGGGUCUCAGAUGUCUAAACAGGUGCAGAGGCGAAAGGAAAUCAAGACGGAGAAGAAGACCCUUUGCGAGCUCUACGACAGCUGCGGAGAGACGUAUCCCGGAAGCGAUUACCGUCCCGCCGACAGGAAGAACUGGAUGGCCGGUCUUGGACCGGAGAAAGUUCAUAUUAACAAGAUUGUAUGGCCCGGAACACAUGAUUCCGCUACGAACAAGAUCGGGUUCCCGUUCAUCACGCGUCCCUUCGCACAAUGCCAGUCGUUGUCGAUCUACGAACAGCUCGUCAAAGGUACAAGGUUGUUGGAUAUCCGUGUUAACGAGAACCGCUGCGUCUGCCACGGAAUCCUGACGACCUACAGCGUCGAUGUCGUCAUCAACGACAUCAAGAAGUUCCUGUCGGAAACCGAGUCGGAGAUCAUAAUCCUCGAGAUCAGAACCGAGUACGGCCACGAGGAUCCGCCGGAUUUCGAAAAGUAUUUGCAGGACAACCUCGGGGAGUUCUUAAUUCACCAGGAUGAUCAUGUGUUCGGUAAAACAAUUUCCCAACUAGUGCCGAAGAGGAUCAUCUGUGUAUGGAAGCCGAACAAGGCUCCUCGUCCGAAACCAGGGUCACCGUUCUGGAACGCUACUCAUCUGAAGGACAACUGGAUCGACACCGACUUGCCGUCGACCAAAUUCGACAGCAAUCUGAAGCAUCUGGCCGAGCAACAACCGGUGACGUCGAGGAAAUACUUCUACAGGGUGGAGAACACGGUCACUCCGCAAGCGGAUAACCCCAUAGUGUGCGUUAAGCCCGUGACUAGACGGAUCCAUGGAUAUGCUAGGCUGUUCAUCACUCAAUGCUUCGCAAAGGGUUGUGCCGACCGGUUGCAGGUCUUCUCGACCGAUUUCAUCGACGACGAUUUCGUCGACGCCUGCGUGGGCCUCACACAGGCGAGGGUUGAAGGGAAGUGUUGAUGAAAUUGGUGAUGGUUUUUUGUUUUAAUAAUUUUGUGUGUGAUAUUUCUCUCUCGUAAACUACCACUUUCAUGGGGAUUUAGCUCAGUUAAUUUGUUUUGUGAUGUGUAGCAUAUGGUGUGUAUAACAUUGUUCACUGUCUAUGUUUAUCCUGCA